UUUGGCCCAUCGCGGCCGCGGCAGCCGGCGGAGGCCGGGCGCGAUGUGAGGACGGGGCCGGGCCGCGGAGCCGCGCAGGGUGCGUCCCGCGGCGCUGCGGGAUGAAGCUGAAGAAGCAGGUGACGGUGUGUGGGGCUGCCAUCUUCUGCGUGGCCGUCUUCUCCCUCUACCUGAUGCUGGACCGCGUGCAGCACGACCCCGCGCGCCACCAGAGCGGGGGGAACUUCCCCCGGAGCCAGAUCUCGGUGCUGCAGAACCGCAUCGAGCAGCUGGAGCAGCUGCUGGAGGAGAACCACGAGAUCAUCAGCCACAUCAAGGACUCGGUGCUGGAGCUGACGGCACACGCCGACGGGCAGCCCGCGCCGCCCCGUCGCGACAACGGCUCCUGGACGCUGCCCCCCGAGAGCCGCCCCAGCUUCCUCGCCGUCUCCCCGCAGGACUGCCAGUUUGCCGUGGGGGCCAAAGGCGAGAGCCCCGACCUGCAGAUGCUGGCCGUUUACUCCCUGCUGCCCUUCGACAACCAGGACGGCGGUGUUUGGAAGCAGGGCUUCGACAUCACCUAUGAGCCCAGUGAGUGGGACGCUGAGCCCCUGCAGGUGUUCGUGGUGCCACACUCCCACAAUGACCCUGGCUGGAUCAAGACCUUUGACAAGUACUACUAUGACCAGACACAGCACAUCCUCAACAGCAUGGUGCUGAAGAUGCAGGAGGACCCACGCCGACGCUUCAUCUGGUCUGAGAUCUCCUUCUUCUCCAAGUGGUGGGAUAACAUCAGUGCUCAGAAGCGGGCUGCAGUGCGGAGGCUGGUGGGAAAUGGGCAGCUGGAGAUGGUGACGGGUGGCUGGGUGAUGCCCGACGAGGCGAAUUCCCACUACUUUGCCAUGAUUGACCAGCUAAUUGAGGGGCACCAGUGGCUGGAGAAGAACAUUGGUGUGACACCGCGCUCGGGCUGGGCUGUCGACCCCUUUGGGUACAGCUCCACCAUGCCCUACCUGUUGAAGCGCUCCAACCUGACAGGCAUGGUCAUCCAGCGUGUGCACUAUGCCAUCAAGAAGCACUUUGCUGCCAGCCAGAACCUGGAGUUCAUGUGGAGACAGACGUGGGACCCGGACUCCAGCACUGACAUCUUCUGCCACAUGAUGCCGUUCUACAGCUACGAUGUGCCCCACACCUGCGGGCCAGACCCCAAAAUCUGCUGCCAGUUUGACUUUAAGCGCCUACCAGGCGGCCGCAUCAACUGUCCCUGGAAGGUGCCGCCCCGCGCCAUCACGGAGGCCAACGUGGCGGAGCGAGCUCAGCUCCUGCUGGACCAGUACCGCAAGAAGUCCAAGCUGUACCGCAGCAAAGUGCUGCUGGUGCCCCUGGGAGACGAUUUCCGCUACGACAAACCGCAGGAGUGGGAUGCCCAGUUCCUCAACUACCAGCGCAUCUUUGACUUCCUCAACGCCCAGCCCCAGCUCCACGUGCAGGCGCAGUUUGGGACGCUGUCCGACUACUUCGAUGCGCUGUACAAGAAGGCGGGCAUCGUGCCGGGGAUGAGGCCGCCCGGGUUCCCCGUGCUGAGCGGGGAUUUCUUCUCCUACGCGGACCGGGAGGACCACUACUGGACGGGCUACUACACCUCCCGGCCCUUCUACAAGAGUCUGGACCGCGUACUGGAGGCACACCUCCGGGGGGCAGAGCUCCUGUUCAGCCUGGCAUUGGCCCACGCACGCCGCGCCAGCGCCGACAGCCGCUAUCCGCUGUCCGACUACAGCCUACUGAGCAGCGCCCGCCGCAACCUGGGGCUCUUCCAGCACCACGACGCCAUCACCGGCACCGCCAAGGAGGCCGUGGUGGUUGACUAUGGAGUGCGGCUGCUGCAUUCCCUCACCAACCUGAAGCGUGUAAUCAUCAAUGCUGCACAUUACCUGGUGCUGGGGGACAAGGACACGUACCGCUACGACCCCGCCACGCUUUUCCUCAGUGCGGAUGACACGCGACUCAAUCAGGACUCGCUCCCAGAAAGAACGGUUGUCAAACUGGAUGCCUCGCCACGAUUCCUGGUGGUGUUCAACCCACUGGAGCAGGAACGCCUGAGCCUGGUGCCUCUGCUGGUGAACUCUCCACACGUGCGUGUGCUGUCUGAGAACGGGCAGCCGCUGCCUGCCCAGCUCUCUGCACACUGGAGCUCUGCCACCGAUGCAGUGCCUGACACCUAUCAGCUCUCCAUCCUCGCCCGCCUACCUGCGUUGGGGCUGCGUGUGCUGCAGCUGCAGAAGUCCUUUGAUGGCCACAGCACGCUGCAGUCCUCUGUGCGUCUGUACCUGCACGGCCGGGACGUGACUGUGCGCCAGCAGGAGGCUGUCCCCGUGCAGGUCUUCCCGGCCGCCCCUGAUGACUUCUGCCUGGAGAGUCAGCACCUGCGUAGCUGCUUCUCGGGCAGCUCAGGCCUGCUGCAGAGCCUCCGCUGCGCUGGGGAGGAGCGGGAGCAGCGGGUGAGCACUGAGUUCUUCAUCUACGGCACCCGGACUUCCAAGGACAAAAGCGGAGCCUAUCUCUUCCUGCCUGAUGGCGAGGCCAAGCCCUACACCCCCAAGGACCCCCCCAUUGUGCGCGUGACGGAAGGUCCGCUCUUCUCUGAGGUCUCCAGCUACUACCAGCAUGUCCAGACCGUGGUGCGACUCUACAAUGUGCCAGGGGUGGAGGGGCUGUCCCUGGACGUGUCAUGCCUGGUGGACAUCCGUGACCAUGUCAACAAGGAGCUGGCCAUGCGCUUCAGCACCAACAUCGAGAGCGACGACACCUUCUUCACAGACCUCAACGGCUUCCAGAUCCAGCCCCGCAGGUACCAGCAGAAGCUGCCACUGCAGGCCAACUUCUACCCCAUGCCUGCCAUGGCCUACAUCCAGGACACACAGAGCCGCCUGACGCUGCACACAGCGCAGGCCCUGGGGGUCUCCAGCCUGGGCAGUGGCCAGCUGGAGGUGAUCCUGGACCGGCGCCUCAUGCAGGAUGACAACCGAGGCCUGGGCCAAGGGCUGAAAGACAACAAGCGGACCUGCAACCGGUUCCGCCUCCUCCUGGAGCGCCGCAGCAGCGCCAGCAAGGUACAGGACGGCCGCCCGGUCAGCUUCCCCUCGCUGCUGAGCCACCUCACCUCCAUGCAUCUGAAUGCCGAGGCCCUGGUCCUGCCAGUGGCUCAGCAGCCGGCCCUGCCGGCCCUGCGCUCCUUCGCACCCCUCUCCACAACCCUCCCCUGCGACUUCCACAUCCUCAACCUGCGGACGCUGCAGGCAGAGGACGACUCGCUGCCCUCGGCUGAGGCGGCCCUGAUUCUGCACCGCAAAGGCUUUGACUGCAGUCUGGAGGCCAAGAAUCUGGGAUUUAACUGCACCACCAGCCAGGGCCAGCUGGCACUGGGCAGCCUGUUCCAGGGGCUGGAGCUGAACUCCCUGCAGCCCACAUCGCUGACCCUGAUGUACCCGCUGGGCACAGCCUCCAACAGCACCAACAUCCAGCUGAAUCCCAUGGAAAUCGCCACUUUCCGCAUCCGCCUGGGGUAGUGCCUGUCAGAGUAGGAUGGGAGCAGAGUGGCUGCACGGCGUGGGAGCAGCAGUGCCAGCACAACCCACAGAGACCUGGCUACAUGGCCCACAGCAGGCGAUUGGUGCUCAGCAGGAGGUGCCAGACCUGCAGAGGCUGCUACCUUCUUAUUUAUUAGUUCUGUGUCCUCAGAUAGAUUUCAAUGAACUGCCGUGGCAGGGCUGCACAGAGGCUUCUGGAUUCUGGGCACAGAGGGCAUGGGCUGGGCGCUACUUGGAGCGGAGAAGGGUGACAGUGGGUCAGCAUGACGGACUCUCCCUUGCUGUGUUUGCACAGCUGCCUGGGAUGGCGCCCACCUAGAGCCUGGCUACCACAGCAUAGCAACAUGCAGGUACCAGGGGCCAGGCAGGCACUGUGGACUGGAACCUGAGCUCACCUGGAGCUUGUAGGAAAUACGAGUCUGUUUCCAAGA